AUGACGCUGGAGGAUUUCGAGAAAUCCCUUGCGGAGGAGCAAGAGCGCGAAAGUCGGCCGGAGAGGAGCGACAAGGAGAAGCAUCGUCACCGGCAUCACGACCGCGACAGAGACCGCCGAGACCGAGACCGAGACCGCAGCAGAGAGCAUCGACAUCGACAUCGCUCGCACCGUCACCGAUCGCGAUCCCGAGAGAAAGGCUCAGAUAGAGCCAGUGAAUCACGCAGGGAUGAUGGCGGUCAUCGGCAUAAGCGGUCGCGACAUUCCUCGGAUCAUGGAGACGACCGGGAUCACCACAAACGUCGACAUCGCGAGAGUCGCGAAGAGGAACAAUCCGCUCCCGCCGCAGAAGUAACCCAGGAAGAGCCUACACGAAUGAAGAGAGACGCAUGGAUGGAAGCACCAUCUUCCUUGGACAUUGACUAUGUGCAACGGCGCGAUAAAACACGUCUUGAGGAGGAAGCCAAGCCGCGAAUGCUGCAAGCGGACUUCGAACUUAAAAUCCACAACAGGGAGCUGAACACCCAUUUGCGAGACCUUAAGGAAGGAAAGGCUCUUGAAGAUAUUGAACAAGAGCCGGCCGAGCAUGAAGUGAAUUACACAUUUGGCGACGCAGGUUCCGGCUGGAGAAUGACCAAACUCAAAGGUGUAUACAGGGAGGCGGAGGAAAGCGGGCGUUCUGCGGAGGAGAUUGCCGUCGAACGCUUUGGCGAUCUGCGCUCCUUCGACGAUGCUCGUGAGGAGGAAGCUGAAUUGGAUAGACGCGAAACAUAUGGUGAAGGCUACGUUGGGAAGGAAAAGCCCACGGGCGAAUUAUUCCGGGAGCGAAAGCAAGAAGAAAACGUGCAUCGUGACCCCCAUGAGCAUCUCCGUAACCCUGAAAAGGAGUUCAGCGCCAGCGGGCAAGGAAAGCCAAUGGAGACCGAACCCCCAGCGCAAACCACGCAGCACCUCGAUCUGACGGCGCUAAACAAGUUAAAGGCGCAAAUGAUGAGAGCGAAGCUAAAAGGAGCCCCGGAUGCCGCUGAACUUGAGGAACAGUACAAUGCGGCCGCGGCAUCGAUGGCCAAUAAAAAGGAACCCGACGUCAUGGUGCUUGGUGUGAUGGAAAACAGAAUGCUCGCUGGAAAGAGAAACGAAGUCAAGAAUGUGGAAACAAAACGGGGCUUGGAACGAGGAAAGGUGGAAGAAAACGAGGACAUGACGAUUGAGGAUAUGGUCCAAGAGGAGCGCCGGAGUCGCGGCCAAUUUGGCGGGGAGGGUCGACGUCUAGCGGAGAGGAUCGCAAAGGACGGCAAAUUUGAAAAUGAUUUGGAGUAUAUGGAUGACAAUGCCUCCAAACUGGCCCGCCGGGUGCACCGAUCGGAGAUUGACCUCAAGAGCACCACGAUCGGCGAGCUACAGAAGAUGAACCGGAUUCUAGACAACUGCCCUCUAUGCCACCACGAGGACACGAACACACCCCCGAUUGCCCCGGUGGUAUCCCUCGCCACACGAGUUUACAUGACGCUUCCCACGGAACCCGAAAUCAGCCCUGGAGGAGCUACCAUUGUGCCGACCCAGCACCGAACCAAUCUGCUAGAAUGUGACGACGACGAAUGGGAGGAGAUCCGCAAUUUCAUGAAGAGCCUCACCCGCAUGUACCACGACCAAGGCCGCGAUGUGAUCUUCUACGAAAACGCCGCUCAGCCCCACCGCAAGAGGCACGCAUCUAUGGAAGCCGUCCCUCUUCCCUACAGUCUUGGGGAAACAUCCCCGGCUUUCUUCAAAGAAGCGAUCCUCUCCGCCGACGAGGAGUGGACGCAGCACCGCAAACUGAUCGAUACGCUAGCAAAGUCCAAACAGGGCCUAGGCCGGAACGCCUUCCGACGCACCCUCGCCAAGGAAAUGCCCUACUUUCACGUCUGGUUCCAGCUCGACGGUGGUCUGGGCCAUGUGGUCGAGGACUCAAAUCGGUGGCCGAAGGGCGAUCUCUUCGCGCGGGAAGUCAUUGGAGGGAUGCUGGACGCGGGUCCAGAGGUUAUCAAGCGGCAGGGACGCUGGACGAGGGGAGGGGACCGACGGGUUGGCGCGUUCCAGAAUCGAUGGAGGAAGUUCGACUGGACCAGGGUGCUUGUUGAGGGGUGA